UAGCUUUAUGAAUUUGUAGUUUAUAAUCCCUUCCAACUCUGCUUUGGGUUUCUCCAAAAUAUCAAACUCUACCCUCAAAUCUCACGCUUAGCUGGCGAGACGAGCGAAGUUAAGGAGAGAGAUCGGAAAGUCAAUCGAUACGAGCAAACAUAAGAAGAAAAUUCACAAAAAUGAUAUCAAACUCUACCGUUCAUAUCACACACGCAGGCGAAGUUGAGAAAAAGGAAAGAUAAGAAGAAGAAUAAAAGAAAAGGUAAUCUCCUUCUCGUUAUAUUUAAAUGUGUUUUUUAUUUUUUAUUUUUUAUUUUUGAAGCGGAAGAUUUAAAUGUGUUUUAAAUUCACAUGAUUAUGAUCUUCUAAGAAUUCUUAGAAGGAAACAAUGGACAUAUAUAUAAUUAAUUAUGCCGAUGAGGCCUUGCUCUAGUGGCAAAGCUGAGGCCCCAAAAACUCUCUUUUGUGAAAGGUUUUGGGUUCAAACUCGUCUGCGUGCGGUGAUGCUUUUCCAUUUUAGGUGGUGUUGUAUUUUCAUCCGUGUACGGUAUUAUAUUAUAUUAUUUGGUAUUGAGGGGAAUUAUUUUAAAAGAUUAACCUUUAUAGAUAAAAAUAUAUAAUAAGGCUAAUUCCUUGUUUAUUUUUGUUGGAUUUGAACUUAAUUUGGGAUAUUCGAAUGUCCUUGAUUAUUUUUAUCAUUUAAGUUAUUUUUGUGUGAUUUUUAUCCUAUCAAAAGGUGGAAUUGAAGUAAUCAUAGUCUUGAAGAUAAAAAUACUCAAUCUUCUAUUAUAUCAAUCAUGCAAAAAAAAAAAAAAUGCCCCCUAAUUGUCUAAGCUACCAAAAGCGGAAGGACUUCAUGGAUACAUGGGAUGAGAAUGAGAUCCAGUGUCCCACAAUUUCAUAUGUACCACUAUGUCCCACUUAUAUAUUUAUUAUUUUAAAAAUAUUUUUUAUAAAAUUAAAAUAUAUUAUAAUACUAUGAAUUAUACUUAAUUUUUAUUUAAAAAAAUUAUUUUUUUUAAAAAUUAUAUACCAUGACUUUCAAUUUAUCAACCUAUUAUUAACUAGUAAAAGUGAAAUUAAAUGAUAAAAAAUAAUUAUAUACCCUAAUUUGAUGGAAUAAACCCUAGUUAAUAAUCACAAAAUUAAACUAAAGCAUACAAAGUUGAAAUUAAAUAAAAAAUAAUAAUGAAAUUGAAAAUGGAAUAUGAAAUGAGACAUCAAAUAUGGUACACUGAAUCUCAUUACAUGGAUCCAUAUAGUCAUCACUAUAUAAAGAUGAAAUUAAUUUCAUCAAAAUUUGUCGUCUCUUCCUUGUUAAGUUUCAGUCUAGUGUAAAAUUCUUUUGACGUUUAAUUGUUUUGACUUAAAAGAUAUCACAUUUGAUUUCACCCUUCAAAUCAAGACGAGCUAAUUUCAUAAGAAGAAAGAAUGAAUCAGAAAGUCGAUAGAAACGAGCAAAUAUAAGAAGAAAAAUCACCAAAAGUUACGGAAGCAGUUUGGUCCAAUUAAGCAAGAAGGAAGCAGAGACAUGUCAGAGGCCCUCCUCUUAUCGCUGAUACAGAAGCUCGACAUUAAUUAUGGAGAGGACACGAGAAUAAAAGAGCAAAUGGAGAUGGUAAUUAAAGAGAUGAGAGAGAUUGUGGAUAUUGUGAGGGAUGAGAAAUUGGAAGAGGGAAGAACCCUAAAUUUUUUAGUAUAUGAUCUUGUCGACGUGGCUGAGGAUGCCCUCCACCUUUCCAAACAAAACGAUGGGCAUUAUUGGAAGUAUGAUUCCAUCCAUAGUUGGAUUGGAGAGAUCAAAGAGCGAAUGCUUAAACUAGGAGAUGAUGGGGCCAACAUCAACAUGAGAUCAUCAGAAAAUGUUGAUGAUGACAAAUACGUGGUGGGCAUGGAGGAACAAAUGGAAAUGCUGAUUCGCACAAGGAUUAUUGGUGGGGAAGGAUAUUGGAAGGCUCUUCUUAUCAAAGGGAUGUCUGGUAUCGGAAAGACAACGCUUGCGAGAGAGAUAUACAACCAUCCAACCGUCGUUGAGCGAUUCGAGCGUCGUCGUCUUUGGGUAUCUAAUGUUACUCACUUCACUAUUAAAGAGCUUCUUAUCAAACUAAUACAACAGGUAGAAGAUCCUGAGAGCCUCCAUACAUCUUCGUUAUUGGAGAAUAUGGACAACCAAAGUCUCAGAGAUAUGCUUCGCCAGCACCUGCGAGGAAUGCAAUAUCUUAUAGUCCUAGACGACGUUCCCAAACAAAUGCACUUGAAGUCUUUCUGGGCACAUCUUCCACAAGAAUUCAAUGGAAGUAGAUUGUUGCUCACAAGUCACACCGCGGAAGUGGACAUACAUAUUUUUGAUGUUCAUGAGAUGAGAUUUUUGGAUUCGGAUAAGAGCUGGGAACUGUUUUUUACAACAAUAAACCAUGGCAACAAGUUGACGGGUGAGCACAAAUUCCCAAAGUCCUUGGAGCAUAUGGGAAAACAAAUGUUGAGAAAAUGUGAUGGCCUGCCAUUAGCUAUAAAAGAGGUGGGAAAGCAGUUAUUGGAAAAGAAACUCACAAGUGGGAGUGAAUGGGAACAACUUCUUGAAUUAGUUGAUUUUGGUUCAACACUCAAGUUGUUGGAACCAUUCUACAAUAAAUUGGAUCCUAAAUUGGAUUCAUGUUUCAUGUCUAUGUCCUUCUUUAAGGAAUAUGCAACUUUGAGGGCAGAAAAGUUGAUAGAAAUUUGGGUUGCAGGAGGAAUGGCGGCCUCAAGAUAUGACUCUAAAAAUUCAUAUUUACAAGGCUUAAUCAGUGAAUCUGUAAUUAAUGUCAAGGACAAGCCCACGGAGUAUCACAUGAAUGCUGUGCUACACUUGCUAUCUAUCCAAAAAGCAGAGGAGAAGCUUGGUUUUGAGAUCCUAAGGAACAACGGAAAUAAUCGACCCUUUGAGAGUCCUCGUCAUCAUCGUGUUAUCAUUUGUAGUAGAGACAAGUUCAACUACUCCACGGAUCAAGAUAAACAUCUUGUUUCUCUCUUCUUCCAUGGAGGUGGCUACUUCGACACUAGUCCGUCUUAUUGGAAGAGCUUUGAACAAAAACUUAGGAUACUUGACUUAGAAGAUUUUGGGUUGAAGAUUUUACCGGAAACUAUCGGCGCACUGAUGGAAUUAAGAUACUUGGGAUUGAGAAAUAAUUACAUAAAAGAGCUGCCACAGUUGUUACGGUGCUUGAAAAAGCUUGAGGUUCUUGAUAUAGCUCUAAACUUUAUGGUGGAGGUCCCUGAUAUUAUAUGGGAAAUGGAUAGCCUUGUUCACCUCUACAUGUCUGAUGUAAUUUGUCCGAAGCCUUUGAAGAUAGACGCGCUGACGUACAUAGAGACCUUAACCUACGUCUCGGUUGAUAAUUGGACAUAUGGCCUCUCGCGCUUUAAAGAGAUGGAAUUUCUUAAGAAAUUAGGCAUAGAAGGAUUGGAUGGAAACUCAGAUGUAAGCAAGCUCUUUGUGUCAUUGGCCGACAUGGAGUAUCUUAGACACCUAAUCUUAAGAGGGUAUCGUUUCAGAAACAUGCCUUGUUUGGAUUACCUUGGUAUUUUACAUAACGUUCGUACUCUGAAAUUGGAUGGACUCCUUGCCAGGUUACCAACUAAUCUCCCUCCAUAUAUUGAAUCAUUGACGUUGAUUGAUAGCUGUCUUGAUAAAGACCCCAUGCCACUACUAGAGAAGUUACUCAAUCUAUCAUACCUCAAAUUGCGGAACGCAUACACUGGUCAACAAAUAGUGAUCUUGGACGACGGCUUCCCUCAUCUCAGAGUCUUGUGCAUCGAAGAAUUAUGGAAUUUGCGAUAUGUUCAAUGUGGAAAAGAUGCAAUGGAUUGGCUCGAGAAAUUAGAAAUUCAUGAUUGUCCAUAUCUGGAUACUCUUCCAGAAACGAUCAUGUCGAGUUGUUUGGUGGAGAUAAAGAUGGUGACGACCAAAAGCAUUGCAGCAAAGAUCAGGAAAUCGGACUUCAUGUCCGAAAUAGAGGUCGUGAAUAUCAAUCCAUGAGCUAGCUAGCACAGUUGUCUGCAUUAUUGUUACGUAUAUUUUGCUUGUUGGCGUUAAUUUGGAUAGUUUCUAUCUACAUUUUUCUUCCCUUUUUUCUACCUUGAUGGUUGUGUGUUUGUAAAUGACAUUUAGUUGCGACAGUUGUGAUCAUUGUGUUGUUAAGCUCAAUCAUACCAACCAAGUAAUUUUGGUGGGGGGCAAUAUCACAUGGAUAUAUCUGUCUUCUCCAAUAAGGUUUUCUUUCUCAAAUAGCUACUCAUGUGUGCAUAUUUUGUGGCAUAAAAAACUAGGCCAUCUAUGUUUAAAUGUGUAUUCUUAGAUCA